AUGAAAAUCCGCGAACCGGGUGCGGACAGGGCGAGGGACACGGUGCGUCCGCAGAGGAGACGGGCGCUGACGGACGCUAAAUUGACAGUGAGCGACACUCCUGGCUGUUCGAUGUAUGGUUGUAUGGAGACCAAGUUCUUGUUUAGACGUAGUGGUUUUGGGGGACAAAAUACGAGACAACACGAGAGAAAAGAGCGAGACAACGCGAGAGCAGAGGGCGAGACAACGCGAGAGCAGAGGGCGAGACAACGCGAGAGAAAAGAGCGAGACAACGCGAGAGCAGAGGGCGAGACAACGCGAGAGAAAAGAGCGAGACAACGCGAGAGCAGAGGGCGAGACAACGCGAGAGCAGAGGGCGAGACAACGCGAGAGCAGAGGGCGAGACAACGAGAGAGCAGAGGGCGAGACAACGAGAGAGCAGAGGGCGAGACAACGCGAGAGCAGAGGGCGAGACAAACGCGAGAGCAAGAGGGCGAGACAACGCGAGAGCAGAGGGCGAGACAACGCGAGAGCAGAGGGCGAGACAACGCGAGAGCAGAGGGCGAGACAACGCGAGAGAAAAGAGCGAGACAACGCGAGAGCAGAGGGCGAGACAACGCGAGAGCAGAGGGCGAGACAACGCGAGAGCAGAGGGCGAGACAACGCGAGAGCAAGAGGGCGAGACAACGCGAGAGCAAGGCGGACAACGCGAGAGCAGAGAGGCGAGACACGCGAGCAGAGGGCGAGACAACGCGAGACAAGGCGAGACAACGCGAGAGCAGAGGGCUGAGACAACGCGAGAGCAGAGGGGCGAGACGCAACGCUGAGGAGAAAAGCGCGAGACAACGCGGAGAGCUAGGAGGGCGAGACAACGCGAGAGCAGAGGGCGAGACAACGCGAGAGAAAAGAGCGAGACAACGCGAGAGCAGAGGGCGAGACAACGCGAGAGCAGAGGGCGAGACAACGCGAGAGAAAAGAGCGAGACAACGCGAGAGAAAAGAGCGAGACAACGCGAGAGCAGAGGGCGAGGCAAGGCGAGACAAGAGGAAUGCAGGCGGGAUGUAA